GGGAGAGGGAGAGGGGGAAUUCCCGGGGAGGAAAUUCCCCGGUUUGAUGAAAUGACACGGGGUCAAUGGAAUGGAAGUCACGAUUCAGGGUCCGCGGAGAAAAGUUCAGACCUUCAACCAGACGCUCAGAAUCAGCAUAUAACCACUCUGUUUUGAAAAGCGGGACUUUAGUGGCAUUUAAGAAAUGUAUAAUGUAUCAACGUUUAGCUACAUUUCGUUUAAUAUAUUUUACAAGCAACAUUGUGCUUCCAUUGGCAUUUUAACGAUGUCUUAAUUGGAGGAAAUUGUUGCUUAACAGAUCUAUUUUAAUUGCUGCUUUUUUGUGUACGCGUCAGGGAGACUGGAUUGUUUUUUUCUGCUUUUCGUCGCGUCCUGCCUGCACAAUGUCUUUGGAUAAUGACGGUGCGGGGAGAUUAUUGGAGCGUUUAUCCAAGUUACAGGAGCAGGUAGAAAAGUUGCAGAAGGAGAACUGGUCGCUAAAGAACAAGUUGAAAAGUUGCUCCACCAUUGGUACUUUCUACCACGAAGCUCGGCAGGAAUUGUGCCGCCUGAACGAGCAGGUGGCGCAGAAGGACGACCGCCUGAAAGAACUGCAGAGCCGCCUGGCCGCCUACCAGAGCAGCGCCGCGCUCCUAGGCCGGGAGCCGGGCGCCGGCGCCGGCCCCUCCGCUUCCUUGCUGGAUGGCCUCCUGCAGGAGAUGAACAAGGUGAAGAAGGAGCUGGCAGACUCGACGAGGGACUGGCAAGAGAAGAACGAGCGGCUAAAGGAGGAACUGCGGAACACUCAGCUGCUGCUGAGGGAGAAAGAACAGCAGGUGGAGUGGAUGGUGAGCAACCCCCCCUACCAGAAGGACGCCGAGAUCGCCAGGCUGCGCCAGGCCCUGCAGGAGAAGGAGCGGCUCCAGGCCACCAGGGAUGUCUGGUGCCGCUCGCUGGCCGAGGAGACGGAGCAGCUGCAGAUGCGCCUGGCCGGCACCGCCAACAUGUGCCAACAGCUGGCGCGACAGCUGGAGGAACAGCGCAAGAAGAGCCAGCACGGUGGGGAGACUGGGCGGGCCUCUACUCAGCAGCUCACUGAGCUACAACAGGGAGAUACGCCAGACACCAUCAUGUCCAAAGUUCAGGAAGAGAACCGCAUUCUCAGGCAGAAAGUUAUUUAUGUGGAAGACCUCAACACCAAAUGGCAGAAGUAUGACAUUGGGCGGGAGGACUACGUGAAGAGGCUCCACCUCGAGCUGAAGGACCUGAGGUCGCGGCUGGAGCAGCUGGCUGGAUUCGGGGGCCCCCAAGCCAACGCGGACGUCCUACGGCAAGAGAUCAUGCGGCUGAACCGGCGGCUGGAGGAGAAGAUGGAAGAGUGCGAUCGGCUGGUGGGGUUCAGGGACAGCCUGGACAAGGAGCGGGCAGUCAACCGCCAGCUCCGUGAGCAGCUGCAGGACAUGCAGGCAGCAGGUGGAGCCACCAGGGAGCGCAUGCAGAUGCUGGAGCAACAGGUCCUGGUCUACAAGGAUGACUUCAAGUCAGAACGGGAGGACCGAGAGAGGGCCCAGAGCAGGAUUCAGGAGCUGGAGGAGGAACUGGCUCGACUCCGACUCCAGCUGCCACGGAAACAGGACAUCCACGACUCUGGCGCCCGUCGCCACGGCAACACCAGUGCCUAUCGGCUGGAGGCGGGCUUGGCAGAUCCGGCGUUUGGGAACAGUACGGAUCGCAUGUUGUCGCACCGCGGCGGUAGGAGUAACGCGACCUCGUCGGAGGUUCCCGCCUCUGAGCUUGGCCAUCAAGGACUCCUGCAGUGUCCCAAGUGCAUGAGGUUAUUCAACGACGAGGUUAGCGAAGAGUGCCUCAGGCACAUCUCGGAGUGCUGCCAGUGAUGGUGACCACACCCUCCCUCCCCACCUCUCCUACUAGACUAGGGAGGCCAGCAUCGUUCGAGAGGACUAUCCACCAGCACCCCCUCCACCACGAUGCCUCAGGGAUUGUCCUUGCACCAGAGGGGCAAGAGGCCCUGUAAAAACAAGAUUGUACCCAGGUCCUGGAGAGGAUAACUGUGUCCAAGGUGCUUGCUGCCCAGAGAAGGGGUCUUCCAGCUUGAUGCUGAAGCAGUUUUAAUCCAUCUUUGAAAAUCACUAAAGAGUGCCACUAAGUCUAGUCUGUGGGAGCUUGCUGUGUAAAGUUGGUUCCAGCAUUAUGUCACAAUGUUGGAUGUCUGGCACUUUUGGAACCAAGGUGGAACCAAGGAAACAUUAGAUACAAGAGAAGAUCUGCAGAUGCUGGAAAUCUGAGCAACACACACAAAAUGCUGGAGGAACUCAACAGGCCAGGCAGAAUCUAUGGAAAAGUUUCGAGCAGCAUCUAUGGAAAAGUCGAUGUUUCGAGCCAAGAUCUUUCUGUUUCGGGUCAAACUAAAAGAUAUAGAUCAUAGAACAUUACAGCAAAAGAACAUGCCCUUUUGUCUUUCUUGCAAAAGGGUUGGUUGCAGUUUAGAGAUUGGAAAAUACUGUUACAUUUGUAUGGGUCACUGGUCUGAAUCUGCUCUAAUAUCAGUAACGUGUGAUGAAAUUUGUUGUUUUGUGGCAGCAAUACAAAACAUCACAAAUUACAACAAGUGUAUACAGUAUGUAAAGAGAGAAAGAGUAGAAUAGUGAGGUAGGGUACAUGGACUGUUCAGAAACCUUUUAGUGGAGGCGAGGCAGCUGUAACUGAAAUGUUGAAUUUGUAUCUCCAGGCUCCUGCACCUUCUCCUUGAUGGUAGUAAUGAGAAGGCAGCAUGUCCUGAACCAACUAAUUAAACACUUAGCUGAAUUCUGUGCUGUCUGUAAACUCUGUCAAUACCAGAGGAUAUCUGUUUAAGGUGAGUGGCAGGAGGUUUAGGGGCUUGUUCCAGGUACCCACCUCUCUCUGUGAAAACCUGCCCCUCAGAUCCUCUUAAGAUCUUUCCCCUCAACAGUACAAGAUGGCAAGAGAGAUAGAGUGGACAGCCAGAAACAUUUUCCCCCAGGGUGAAAAUAGCUUAUGCCAGGAGACAGAAGGUGGUUGGAGGAAUGUACAGGGAGGAUGACUGAGGCAAGUUUUUUUUUGUGUAACAUGGAGAGUGGUGUGUGCAUGGAAUGUACUGCUGGGAGUGGUGAAAGCAUCUGAUAUACAAGGGACGCUUAAGAUAGGUGUUGGAAAAAUAGAGGGAUCUAAGCUAUGAGGGAUGGAAGGGUGAGAUUGAUUGUGGAGUUUAUAUAGAUUGGCACAACAUUGCUGGCUGUAAAAGUUGCACAGUGUACUGAUCCAUAAAUUAAUCCUUUCUGUCUACACAACCUCUCAAACACCUUGAGGGCAUCUGCCUCCACCACCACUCCAGGAUGCAUUCCAGGCAUCCAAAGAGCCUGCUUUCAGACGUUACAACUCCAUGGCCAUUUGGAGGGAGCUGUUCUAAUCAGAUAUGUUUUCAAGUGAAUGUUGCUCCCAGUGGAGUCCUCCUGUGGUACCGAUGGAAUACUAAACCCAUCCCAGUCCUGAAGCCCGACACCCCAGCUCGGCCAUGGACACACUUCACUACCAAAUUGCCUCCAGAGUGACAGAGAGGAAAAUGCUUAAGAACUUCAAACUUGUUUUUUCCUUUAAAGAAACUGAAACAGAAAUAUAGUGUUCCAGCACUCUGCACACAAAUCAUUUGUACUCUGCUUAUUGCAGUCAGUUAUCAAAUGUUGAAACAUUUGAAUCAAAUUUGACUGUGGGUUUGCUCUGUCUGUUUUCAUUUUAUUGUUCAAUUGUGAUAUCUCUUCCCCCCCCCCCCCCCCAUACAUUUCAAGUGAUGUUUUAUUAUUGUUACAAUUCCUGCUUUUCAGGAUUUUUACAAUUUUUAACUGGUUAUUUUAUUUUAAAC